CUUCAUUCAAAAGGUCAAAGCCGUCCAAAAAUCAUCAAUCUUCUAAAAUCCUUCUAUCGCCUACUUCAUUUUAAGACAAACAAAAAAAAGAUUCUUCCUCUUUUUCUUCUCUUACUCGAUCUAUUUCUCGUCGGUAUUUCCCGGUCACUGGAGGCUCCAUUCGCGGCGAAUUCGGCUCCCAUGUUUCUUCAAUUCGCUGAAUGCUGCGUUUUUGGUGUUGUAUUUUCGAAAAUUAGGGUUUCAGUCAUCUACAGAAAUCGAGUUUCAGAUUUUGUAAAUUGAUUCAGCUAGAGGCAUUUGAAGGUUUUUGUAAUGUAUACUAAUGCGGUUUGAUUGUUAGUUGUAUAUUCUUGAUUUGAAAAGAAAAAAAAUUGGGUUUGUGAAAGAAAUUUUGAUUUAGGGUUUUGUGAAAAUGCCAAGGAGUUCGCGGCAUAAAUCCAGCAAGCAUAGUUCACGAGAAGCUAGAGAUUACUCUGAUUCGGAGAAAGAUUCCCGAUUGAAAGAGAAGAAAUUCAGGGAUGAUGGUGGAAGUAAUAGUAAUAGGCAUUUGAAGGAACCUACUUCGGGUGAGAAGCGAAAGACUGAUUCGCAAUCAGUGGAUAUUAGCAAAGAUUUGAGUGGUGGUGGCGAUAUUGUAAUUGUUGAUUAUGUUGAUGAAUAUGUUUCUUUUUCGUCAUCCAAGAAGCAGAAGGAAAAGGAGGAUGAUGAUAGGUGGACUGGAGGCGAUAAUGAUAACAACCAUAGUUUGUCUAAGAAUGAAUCCAAAAGUGAUACGAAGAGGUCGACUCGACGAUUGGAAAGUUUAAUUGAUGGGGAAGAAGGGAAGAGAAGUGGGAUUAAGGUGGAAUCCAGACUUCACAGGUCUGAGAGGAAAGAGAGGGGCGCAAAAGAUGGGGAUUUGGAGCGCGAUAGAAAGACGAGCAAUGGUGAGAGAUUGGUUGAUGGUAUUACAGGAAAUGUUGUGCAUCUUGGUGGGAAUGAAGAAGGGAAUAGAAAACAGGGCUAUGGAGAGGAACGUGGAGUAAAACAUGGUAUUAGUAAUACUGACUACAAUAUACUAGAUGUGGGUUGUAACCAUGAAGCAGAGAAAGAAUUUGAUCGACGAGUCAAAAGGAGAAGAGAUGGCUCUGGUGACGCAGACAAGCAUCAGGAUAGUUCUCGAGAUUUUAAUGAUAAAAGAUUUUCUUCAAAUGAUGAUCUUUCCAGAUCAGGCAAGUAUAAGGAGCAUACUCAUAAGGACGGGAGAGUUCAAGAUAGAUACCAAGACGAUGCGGACAAGGAAAAAGAUGAAAAACAAAGUGACGUUCGAGCUACAAGAGAGUAUGCAAGUGCAAGGUCAGAGGAUCAGCAUAUGAGGAAUGAGAAUAAGGAUUUGGAUGUAUCUCACAAGAACCCGAAGUCUCGUGUUAAUGAAUAUGGUGAUCCAGAACGACAUCGGAACCGUGAUCGAGACCGUGAGAGGGGUAAGGAUCGUGAUCGUUCCCGUCAUGACUGUGACCAUGACCAUGACCAUGACCGUGACUGUGAGUGUGACAGAGAGCUUGAUGAACAGGAUCGUGACCUUGAUCGUGAAAGGGAUCGAGACCGAGUACUUGAAAGGGGUCACGAGCGAGAUCGUGAACUUGAUCGGGAGAGAGAACGUGGUCGUGAUCGGUACCAUCGUGAACGUGACAGAGAGCGGAUUCGUGAUCGUGAUCACAACCAUGACCGCUGUCGGGAUUGGGAUAAUGAGCACGAUCUUGAUUAUGUCUCUCAUGUUGAUGACAAAGGUUCUAGGUACAAGGAUGAUAGAGGAAGGAGAAAGUCUCCAGAUGUGUAUGAGGAUUAUUGCGGUGAUAAAUUUGAAAGAGUUGAGUCAGAAGUUGACAAGGACAGAUCUUUAUCACGGAAAGCUCAUGUAGACAGCGUAAAAAGCAGCAGCCGUCACAGAGCCUCACCUAGCUCCAGGACUCAUGUUAGUGCAGAGAAAUACAGAGGUGGUAUUCAAGAUGAGACCAAGUAUGGUAAUUCUUUGAGAGAUGGCACUACAAAUGAGACACUCGAUAAAGUUCCUAAGCAACGAUCAGGGGAGAAGCGCACCAAAUUUGAUGAGAAUCACAUUGGAGAGUCAUCUGAAAGAUCUCCGAGGAUAAAGGCAUCACCUAGAGGUCUGAAGGAAAGAUCUCCAUCAGCUAGUGUUGAUCGCCGAUUUCAAAAUAGAGCUUCCAGGAGAAGGAGCCUUGAUGUUGAUGAGGCCGAGAGGAGUAGUGUUUCAAAUGACAUAAGAGAUGCCUCUGUUAAUGUGGAUAGACAGGGGAGAGAAUUUGCUGCAAAGAAACUUGCUGUAGACGAGUAUCCUCCUGCUGAAUCUCCAUUUCGACAUAAACCCAGUCAGGGUAAUAUUUCAUCGCAUGUCUCUGGUUCAACUAGGUUCAGAAGUGGUGCUGACAGCCCGUCUUUCACGGGAUCAUUCGGAGACGACACUAGAAGUCACUCAGGAAGCCGUUACAGGAGAAGUGUUGAUCCUCAUUUAGGAAGAGGACCUGGGCCAGCUUGGAAUGGUGGUCCUAACUGGCCUUCACCAUUACCUAAUGGCUUCAUGCCGUUCCCACCUCCUGGGCCGCAUCAUGGGGGUUUUCCAUCGAUGAUUUCUCAGUUUCCUCCCCUUAUUGGUGUUAGACCACCUUUGGACAUGAAUUAUCCCGGAAUGCCUUAUCAUAUGCCUGAUGGGGAUCGAUUUCCUGGUCAUGUACGACCUAUGGGUUGGCAGAACAUGGUGGACGGACCAGUUCCUCCUCAUUUUCAUAGAUGGGAUAGUAAUGGCGUCUCGAGGGAUGAAUCUGUCAUGUAUGGGCCUGGGCAUCUAACGAAUGCUCAAAGAAGAGACAUGAGUGCAGAUUUAUGGAAACCAAAUGGUGAUGUGAAUAUGGAUGUUCCAUCUGUAUCUCAGAAAGAUGGUCGUAUGUUUAAAUCAUUUAUGGAUGAAGCUUCAACUGCACAGGCUGCGUCAAGGUCUCUUGUUGAAAAUAGUUGCCUAGAUGGGACAAGUUUGAAGAUGAGUACUUCAAGUGGCCCAUCUUCGUUGAAGGAAAUUUUCGUAACUUCAGCAACUGAGAAGACUCCUGAAUCUUCUAGUAUUGAUGAUACUUCAAACUUAGUGGGUUCAUAUCUUUCUAAGCUUGAUAUUUCAAUGGAUAUGAUUGAUCCAGAAUUGUAUGAUGACUUUAUUAACAUUGCUGUUAAGGGACAGUCUGAAUCUUUUGAAGUGGAAGUUGAAUGUUUGGAGGAGAAUCCAGUUGCUCAAUUAGAGAUUGCUGAUCUGACUAGGGGUUUAGCAAUUUUCCCUUCAGUUAAAGAUUCCAUAUUUCAGAAAGCUAUGGAUUUAUACAAGUCAGAGAGCAGUAAAAGAAUGUCAUUUGUGAAACCUAUUGGGGAGAACUUGUACAGUCACUCAGAAGUGGAACAAAAAGUAGAAGAAACUUCGGUUGUUAAAGAGGAAGUACACAGUCCAGUCAAUUUUAGUGUCGAAAAGACAGAGCCAACUCUAGCAGUCCAUGAAGUUUCCUCCAUCGCACCCGUGACAAAACUGAAAGAAACUGCUCCCAUCAAUAGCCAUGAGGCACUGCAUGGUGGAACUUUGCAGAUUACUGAGUUGGCCAUUGGUGUCGAGAAUCAUGAAGAAAAACUCAGUCUGACACCGGAUAAAACAAACGAAAAUGUCGACCUUGAGUCUGUCAUCAAAUCAACUGUGGUCGAGGUCGAGAUCAGUAAUGAUGGUAAGUGCGGCAUUGCUGAGUCUGCUUCCGACAAGCCGCUGGAUGGUGCAAGUGAUCCUUCAGUUUUGUCCGAUGAUUCUGUUGAUGUUUGUGAUACUUUGAAUUUAGUGUCUAAUGAGUCGGAUUCGGUUAAUUUGAGUCGGAUACAUCAUGCUCCUCAAACUACAUAUUGAAACAUUCAUUUUGCUAUAUUUUAAUUUUUUGCGCUUUAUUCUGAGCAAAAUUUUCAAGUUCAUCCAUCUUUUUCAUAUUUCUCUUCACCAAGAGAAUGUUAUCAAAGCAAUAAAAUGAAAAUGCAGCUGUUUACUCAU